AGGUCUGAUGCUGCAGCUGCUGCUUCCUGUAUUGAAGCACCAGCAGCCAGAGCCAAAGCCCCUUUCGCUUCAGAGCCCCACACCCCGAAGUCAAACACGGAGGAAUUUGCUGCUCGGACGGGGCCGUCCUGCGGAGGGAAGACAGCCGAGUCGGUCUCCGGUGUAGCUGCCGGUAAAACCGUGGCGGCCAGUUGUCUUGUGAAAGCUGAGAAACGAGGGGCAGCACAUUCGGACUGAGAGACGCAGGGCACGAUUUUUCCAGGAGCUGGUGCUAGCUAGGAGCGGCUAGGCGGCUAGUAGCAGCAGGUAGAUAACCCAGAAGAAGAGGAAAAAUAGAAAUGUGUUUACUCCAAAAGCUGUAGAUGCACCGGAAAACGACCUGAGUUUUGAAGAGCACCUCGGCAUGAUACGAUUUACCGAAAUAGCUGACUGACAUGCUACCGAAAGUACACUAACUUUGCUAACGUUAGCUAGCCAAGUUACUAGCCAUCUAGAGCUGAUCCUGUUGCUUUUUCAGACUGACUUUCGAGCAAGUUAAAGGCUAGAUUAGCAGCUUCCCAGCUCAUUGCAGGUUAGUGCAUUAUUUGAGAGAGUCGUUUAGGGUAGUUAAUGAAAUGGCUCCCAAAAGAAGACCCGUUCCCCUGAACAUAACGCCCAUUGGGGAAGGACAGGCCACCUCCAACACCAUUGAUGCUGCAUCUGAAGCAAACCUUGAGGCCUUACAGAAGAAACUGGGUGAGCUGGACCUGGACGAACAGCAGAGGAAACGACUGGAAGCCUUUCUUACCCAGAAAGCUCAGGUUGGGGAGCUGAAGGAUGAGGAUUUUGACCCCAUAUGUGAGUUGGGUGCUGGAAACGGAGGAGUGGUCAACAAGGUCCGCCACAAACCCUCGAAUUUGGUCAUGGCUCGGAAGUUGAUCCAUCUGGAAAUCAAGCCUGCCAUCAGAAACCAGAUUAUCAGAGAGCUGCAGGUGCUGCAUGAAUGCAACUCCCCCUACAUUGUGGGUUUCUAUGGGGCCUUUUACAGUGAUGGGGAGAUCAGCAUCUGUAUGGAGCACAUGGAUGGUGGAUCCUUGGACCAGGUCCUGAAGGAAGCCAGAAGAAUCCCAGAAGAAAUCCUGGGAAAAGUUAGCAUAGCUGUAUUGAGGGGAUUAGCCUACCUGCGGGAGAAACACCAGAUCAUGCACAGAGAUGUCAAGCCCUCCAACAUCUUGGUCAACUCUCGCGGGGAGAUCAAGCUGUGCGACUUUGGUGUGAGCGGCCAGCUCAUAGAUUCCAUGGCCAACUCCUUCGUUGGAACGCGCUCCUACAUGUCGCCGGAGAGACUGCAGGGCACUCACUACUCUGUUCAGUCUGACGUGUGGAGCAUGGGUCUGUCCCUGGUGGAGCUGGCGAUUGGCCGCUACCCCAUCCCCCCACCAGAUGCCAAAGAGCUGGAAGGCAUCUUCGGACGGGCCGUUAUGGACGGGGCCGAGGGAGAGCCUCACACCAACAUGCAAAGGCCCAGACCACCAGGCAGGCCCGUCAGCGGACAUGGGAUGGACAGUAGACCUGCCAUGGCCAUCUUUGAACUUUUGGACUACAUUGUGAAUGAGCCACCCCCUAAACUGCCACUUGGGGUCUUCACCAAUGACUUCCAAGACUUUGUGACAAAAUGUUUGAUCAAAAACCCAGCUGAGAGAGCAGACCUGAAAAUGCUGAUGAGUCAUACGUUCAUCAAACGAUCAGAAGUGGAGGAAGUGGACUUUGCUGGCUGGUUGUGCAAAACCAUGGGCCUUAACCAGCCCAGUACUCCCACCCGUGGCACUGAGUGAACAGGCCCCCACUGCCCUGUCACACCUGUGGGUCUUGCUUGCAUUCACACAAAUUUACUGCACACACACGUACACAAGCCAUCACACACAUUGGCACUUUUUUCAUCUUGCUCUUGGGUAAAAACGUUUUGGCCUCCCCCUUCAUUUAUUUCUUCACCAGCAGCAGGGCCCGUUGAGUCAUUGUACUGUCAGGCCACAACAGCUUCACCAAGCCAGUGUCAAGAGUAGCCACAGCUCACUUUUCCACAAUUCUAGAGAGGAUGUAAAGCACUGAAGGGCUGCCAGUGUGUCAGCUGAAUUUGCGUUUAUUGACAAACUUCUUUUGUAUUGUUGAAUAUUCUGCUCUCAUCUUUUCUAUGGCAACAGUAAACGGCUUGUGGGGCUGUAUUUUAAUAAUUUACCUGCUGUUUAGAUUUCCAAAGUGAGAGAAAUACAAACUUAUCAUGCACGUACAGAUUCGAAAUUGCUUUUAUUGAAGGUGAAUGCAGGUAGUUUGAUUUAAAAUCCCCUCGUCAGACUUAUCCAUGGUCAAAUGUUAACUGCAACAACCUUGCAGUUACCUCCAACAUAAUAAUCAAAUUUGUGAGUAGAGAGCGCAGGACAAAUGGAUGGAGUCAUUUUCACUUUUUGGUAAAUGAGCGAUCACUCUAAAGGUCACUUUGUGAACAGUGUCACAAACCAAAGAGGGUACUCAUGACUACUAACGUUUUUCAAUGCCUGAUCAGUUUUUUGUUUUGUAUGCACAUUCAUGCAACAGUAUAUCAGUGUACUUUGAAUGUUUUGAUUUCUUUCAUUCAGUGAUCUACGCUCCGAUUGUAUUGACGUUGUUUACUCAUCAUACAUCAAUUCACAUCCCACACUGUCUCUCUCACAUGGGAGGAGGCAUAUGCUGUGGAGGCCUGAUAUAUGCCAGAAUGUCUUUAUGGACAUUGAGAAAACAAUGAUCAAAAUGUAUUCAUGGGAUGAUAUAGCAUGGUUUAUUAUCUUUCUAAUACUGUAUGUGUAUUUUAUUUCCCAAGAUCAUGAUGGGGUUGAUUAGCUGGUGUUUUUAUCAGAAGCCUGAAUCUCUGCAAUGUCUAUGAAAUUUCAAUCAUGAUGACUAAUUUGACUUUUAUUUUUCUCUUUGUUGUUGGUCUGUAAUUUCCCCUGAAGUGUAUUUGGUUAUGUUUUCACUUUACUGUUAUGUGUGGCACUCCAAGCUUUCUCUUGGAACACAACCAGCCUAGAGGUGUGCUUUUGGAUAAUACUUGGGUUGAAAUACAAUUGAAAAAAUUUUCCCUUUGAUUUUACCAAAUUAUUUGUGGUAAAAAAGCAGAGUAGUACAAAGGGUUUGACUGAACGUUUUAACCCAGGUCAGUGUUGGUCACAUGGAGGUGGUGUUAAUUGCUAGCCUGCCGUCUUGCUAGAGCUCUUGUGUUCUCUCUGCUUAUGGCUGCCCUUUCUUGCCCCAAGAAUGUGCAUUCGUUCAGAGCAAAAUGAAUGCGUUGUCACUUGUAUGUGUACAAAGCUAUAUACAAAAAUUACAGGAGUACUAUUUUGCAGUCUUAAUAUACAAAUUUUUGAUUUAUGUAAAAGACAAGGGAGAAGAGUCAUUUUAUUAUAAUAUAAAAAUGUGUUGGAUAUGGUUAUAAUGUAUAAAAAGAUUAAAAUAAAACUUAUUUGUGAAUGUA